AUGGAUCCUCAAAACCGCACCAUUGGAGAGUUUGACUCACUAGACAUCUUUUUCACAAACCGCCAACCUAUAUGCCCUCCACGACCUACUGGAGAGUUCAAGAUAAGCUCUAAACUCAUUGCUUUGGUGGAGCAGCAUCAGUUUCGUGGCCUAGAGGAAGAGCAGCCCAUUGAUCAUAUUGAGAAGUUUGAAGAAAUCUGCGCUACAAGGAGAUGUAGUGGAGUUUCUGAGGAUUACUUGAAGUGUACUUUAUUCUCUUUCUCUUUGGUUGAGAAGGCAUACAAAUGGAUGAGGGCUCUUCCAGCAGGAUCAAUCACUACUUGGGAUGAGUACAAGAGAGCUUUCUUGAAGAAUUUCUACCCAAAAGAGAGAUUAAAAUGGAUGAGAAGAAGAAUCUCAGAAUUUCGACAUGAGGCACAUGAAUCAUUCUUUGAGGCUGUUUCACGGUUCAAGGAGUACAAGAGAGAGUGCCUCACCAUGGUUUUACAGAGAUUGCUUUGCUAA